UUGUGGAUUUAACCCUAGCUUUGCCGUGUUAGGUUAAAGAGACGACCGUGAAGAAGAAGAAGAAGAAGAAGAAGAAGAAGAAGAAGAAGAAGAAGGUAUAGGACUGACUACCGAGCUUCUUUCAACCAGUGAAACAGAGAACGAAGAAUUGGGAGGGUUCUGUUUCUGUUGUGAACGAAGAAAUUUUCCCCCAUUUUUGAGGACUGGACCUUCUUAUUAUUCUUCUUGGCCUUUCUUUGAUUGAAUCAGACUCAUUCAUUGCUAUGCGUUACGUUCUUUGAUUUUUCCCUUCGUUUCUCUCAGAUCUCUACUUUCAAUUGGGCUCUUCAUAUCCUGUUCAAUGGGUAAGUGGGUAUAAUAUAAAGUCUUUCAGCCUCUUCUGUUGCUGGUUUAUUGUGGGUAUUCCUUCACUGAGAAUCUUUAGUGGGAUUUCCUUACUGCGUCGACCGAUUAAUGAUUGUUCGGGUACAAGCAUUUGUUGUAGCUCAUUCAGCAUCGGCUAUAGAGUUGGGCAUUUCUUUGGGGGAGAAGGAACUCUCUUCCAUUGCCUCCUCUUUUGCCUGCUGCCGACACUGUCUGUGCACAUUUGUAAUUAAUGCAUCGUAAAUUGGAUAGCCCUGUCCAGACUCAGAUGGCAGUGGCAGCAGCCUUUAAGAGUCCACUCAGUGGAGAGUAUGGGGGGAGCAAGAGGAUGGAAGGAAAACAGCCUACAGGGCGGAGAAGGGUCUUUGUGCAAACCGACACUGGUUGUGUCCUUGGGAUGGAAUUGGAUCGGAGUGAUAAUGCUCAUACCGUGAAGAGGAGGUUGCAGAUUGCACUUAAUGUACCAACUGAUGAGAGCUCUUUGACAUUUGGAGAUAUGGUACUCAAGAAUGACCUCAGUGCUGUACGUAACGAUUCUCCCCUCCUUCUUACACGAAACAUUUUGCACAGAAGCUCGUCGACUCCUUGUCUCUCACCUACUGGAAGGGAUAUUCAGCAAAGGGAUCAAAGUGGUCCUAUUGAGAUAUUGGGGCAUUCUGAUCGCUUUGUUAGGACAAAACAACUGGUUGGUGAGAUUAUAAAAGCUAUUAAAAUUGGUGUAGAUCCUAUUCCUGUUCAUAGUGGACUUGGUGGUGCAUACUAUUUCAGAAAUAACAGAGGUGAGAGCGUUGCGAUUGUGAAGCCUACGGAUGAAGAACCUUUUGCACCAAACAAUCCAAAAGGGUUUGUUGGUAAAGCUCUUGGUCAACCUGGGUUAAAAAGAUCAGUGCGUGUCGGGGAGACUGGAUUUCGUGAGGUUGCAGCUUAUCUUCUUGACUAUGAUCACUUUGCUAAUGUGCCUCCCACUGCCUUGGUGAAGAUUACCCACUCCAUCUUCAAUGUCAAUGAUGGAGUAAAUGGUAACAUGCCAAGUAAGAAGAAGCUGGUUAGCAAGAUUGCAUCGUUUCAAGAAUUCAUACCGCACGAUUUUGAUGCCAGUGAUCACGGAACUUCCAGCUUCCCAGUAGUGGCUGUGCAUCGUAUAGGCAUUCUAGACAUUAGAGUUUUUAACACAGAUAGGCAUGCUGGAAAUCUUUUAGUUAGGAAACUUGAUGGUGUUGGGAGGUUUGGUCAAGUGGAGCUUAUUCCUAUUGAUCAUGGACUCUGUCUGCCCGAAACGCUAGAGGAUCCAUAUUUUGAGUGGAUUCAUUGGCCGCAGGCGUCGAUUCCGUUUUCAGAUGAUGAGCUCAAGUAUAUCAAAAACCUCAAUCCAUUUGAAGACAGUGAGAUGCUGAGGAUGGAGCUUCCCAUGAUUCGUGAGGCUUGUCUCAGGGUUCUGAUUCUCUGCACUAUCUUCCUGAAGGAGGCUGCUGCAUUUGGUCUCUGUCUUGCUGAGAUCGGCGAGAUGAUGACUCGAGAGUUUCGUAGCGGAGAGGAGGAUCCCAGUGAACUGGAACUUAUAUGCAUGGAAGCUAGGCAGCUGAUCGAAGAGAAGGAGGUCUUAUCCCCUCGGAUUGAUUUAGGCGAUGAGGAAUUUCAAUUUGAUAUUGACUGCGAUGUCGAAGAGUCGGAUUGUAGCGAAGAGAUAGAAGCAGAUGAUUUUUACCCAACACCACCAUUCCACUUCAGCGUCGGUGGUGGUAUACAUGGUCGUUUUCCUCUUUGUAAACUGGAGGAAAGCAUCGAGGAAGAAAAUGGCGAGGAAGAUGAGCGAGGGGGCUUCUCCGAUCCGUUUUCUUCUGAUAGAAUUCCAACUAUUUCAAAGCUUUCCAUGUCACUGAAGAAUUCCAGUCUAGGUGAGAAGAAAAAGAAACAUAGCAACUACUUUGGAACAAGACCUGAGAAUGGAUACAUGAUGACAAAUACAUCUUCUGGGCACAGGAGUGCAAAUGAACAGCUUCCAGCUAGUGUAACCUUUGUGAAGCUAGCUGACAUGAAUGAGGAUUCGUGGUCAUUGUUCUUAGACAAGUUUCAAGAGCUACUUCACCCGGCAUUUGCGAAGCGAAAAUCUGCUACUCUAGGUCAGAGGCAGAGGCAGAGGCUUGGUACAUCUUGCCAAUUUUGAAAUCGAGCAACCAACCUUGUUAUCAUUAGAUUGAGCCAAGAAAGAAGGGCAGAAGAGUUGUUGAUCGAUGAUGAUAGCUCUGAUAAUGCAAGGGGUUUUUUUCUGAUUUAUCUCUCAGAGAUUACAUUUAGAAGAUCAGGGUCAGUACUACUACUACUUAGGUUCUCUAUUGUAAAUAUUGUAGCAUCAACUUAGUAGAUUUGGUUUUAGUAUUUUCUUUUUCUUUCUUCAAAAUUACUUUGUUCUUCUUAGCUGCUCUACCACCUUGUUAUAUAAAUAACUUUUUGAACAAUAAAUGUUAAGAGAAAAUUAUGUAAACAGGAAGAUGUGCCAGUUUUUAUUUAUA